AUGGGGCUGCCUUUGGCCUUUGGAGGAGAUCCCACGCGGGUGACCAUUUUCGGACAUAGUGCUGGAGGAGCCUUGGUGGGUUUCCAUCUCCUCUCCCCAGAAAGCCAGCCCCUUUUUGCCCGGGCUGUGAUGCAAAGUGGAACUAUGAAUGCUGUCUGGGCUUGGAUAAGUCCUGAGGAGGCCAAACAGAGAGCCCUUGAUCUGGCCCAAAAGCUGGGCUGUACUCAAGAUGAUGGCGCUGAUGUGGUGACAUGCCUGCAGAGAAAGGAAGUAGGGGGUUUCACUCAGUAUGAGUUAUCUGCAUUGAAUAAUACGAUGCUUCUGUACAUUCCCUUCACGCCCACCACUGAUGGAGAGUUCCUUCCCAAGGACCUGCAGACACUUCUGGAUACUGGGUGCAUUCCAAACAAAGCCGUUCUCAUUGGCACUACUUCCGACGAAUGGGCUUUGUACAUGUCGAACACUUUUCCAGAUGUCAAAGAUGUGCUAAUAACUAGGGAGCAGCUGGUGGAGGGUGUGAAGAGGAUGGUACGAGGGGCCACAGAAAACGUUGUUGAGGCUGUGGUGCAGGAAUACAGCAAAGAGGUCCAUGGCCCCACAUCCUACCGCUCGGUCAUGGUGCAGUCCAGUAGUGAUUACUUCUCCGUAUGCCCCUCAGCAGAAAUUGCUGCAAAGUUGACCGAAGCUGGGAGUCCUGUGUACACUUACUACUUCACACAGCACACCUCGGGAUCUGUUUGGCCUGAGUGGUUUGGGGCACCCCAUGGUGCUGAACUGCCUUACAUAUUUGGCACUUUUAAGACAGUCCUGGCUGCCAACCAAACAUGCACAGAGGAGGAGGCUGCGUUAAGCCGCAGGGUGCAGCGAUACUGGGCAGAGUUUGCUAGACAUGGGAAUCCUAAUGGG